AACUAAAAAACUCGUGGUUAUCGCAGGAACCGCAGCUCGUAUUUCAAACCAGAACCAGAGUAGAGCAGCUUCACAUAACGUGCACCAGGGGUGCGCAUGGAGAUAACCUACGCCUCCUCCAGUCUCUCUGACCUCACAACAACAUCAACCAUGUCUAGAGCUCCGGCGACUUCUCGUCCAAUCAAAGUCAUACCGUUGCAGCACCCGUACGGCGGCGUCGAUACUCCGCCGCAGUCGUCUUCCUCCACGACGUCCUUUUCGCGAUGGAAAACGAAUUUGAAGCGGAUGAAGCCGGUCGAUUGGAUCGAUUUUUUCCUUCCGUGUUCCAGGUGGAUUCGUAGCUAUAAUUGGCGCGAUAAUCUACAGCCUGACGUCAUCGCCGGCGUUACCGUCGGUGUUAUGCUUGUUCCUCAGUCUAUGUCGUAUGCAAAGCUAGCUGGACUCCAACCGAUAUAUGGACUUUAUACUGGAUUAGUGCCUGUAUUUGUGUAUUCCAUAUUUGGGUCAUCACGUCAGUUGGCAGUCGGCCCAGUAGCAUUGGUUUCUUUACUGGUCUCUAAUGUCCUAAGCAACUUUGAUUCAUCCUCUGAGUUAUAUACAGAACUCGCAAUAUUGUUGUCACUCAUGGUCGGGAUUCUAGAAUGCACAAUGGGGCUCUUGAGGCUUGGAUGGAUCAUUCGCUUUAUCAGCCAUUCUGUAAUUUCUGGCUUUACAACUGCUUCAGCUUUCGUUAUUGCCUUAUCACAAGCUAAAUAUUUUCUAGGAUAUGAUGUGGACAGAAGUAGCCAAAUAAUUCCAUUGGUCAAUAGCAUAAUUUCCGGAUCCGAUCAGUUCCAAUGGCCCCCUUUCAUGAUGGGGUCUGUUAUCUUAGCAAUUAUUUUGGUCAUGAAGCAUUUGGGGAAAACAAGAAAGAAUUUGCGGUUCUUGCGAGCGGGGGGUCCCCUCACUGCUGUUGUUCUGGGUACAGCCUUUGUGAAAAUAUUCAAUCCCUCUUCCAUUUCUUUGGUGGGAGAUAUACCUCAAGGGCUUCCACCGUUUUCCAUCCCGAAAGACUUUAGUUACGUCAAGUCGUUAAUCCCCACUGCAUUCCUCAUUACUGGUGUGGCUAUACUGGAAUCUGUGGGGAUUGCUAAAGCCCUGGCAGCGAAGAAUGGAUAUGAACUUGACUCAAAUCAAGAGUUAUUUGGCCUUGGUGUGGCUAAUAUAUGUGGGUCCAUGUUUUCGUCAUACCCGUCAACAGGUUCAUUCUCGAGGUCAGCAGUUAAUCAUGAAAGUGGUGCGAAAACUGGUUUAUCCGGAAUCAUCAUGGGCGUUAUUAUGGCCUGUGCUCUACAGUUUUUGACACCAUUAUUUGAAUUUAUACCUCAGUGCGCUCUUGCUGCUAUUGUCAUCUCUGCUGUCAUUGGUUUGGUGGAUUACGAUGAGGCUAUAUUUUUAUGGAAGGUAGACAAGAAAGAUUUUUUUCUUUGGUCAGUUACUGGUGCAACAACUUUGUUCCUCGGCAUUGAAAUCGGUGUCCUUGUUGGGGUUGGUUUUUCUCUGGCUUUCGUGAUCCAUGAAUCGGCCAAUCCGCAUAUUGCGGUUUUGGGACGACUUCCUGGGACCACCGUUUACAGGAACAUCCAACAAUAUCCGGAAGCAUACACAUACAAUGGCAUUGUGAUUGUUCGAAUCGAUUCACCUAUCUAUUUUGCCAAUACAAGCUACAUUAAAGACAGGCUUCGGGAGUUUGAAAUUGUAGUCGAUCAGUCUAGCAAACGCGGGCCAGAAGUUGAAAGAGUUUACUUUGUAAUCUUGGAGAUGGCCCCUGUUACUUAUGUUGACUCCAGUGCAGUUCAGGCGCUAAAAGAAUUGUAUCAAGAAUACACCUCAAGAAACAUCCAGAUAGCUAUUGCCAACCCGAACAAAGAAGUACUAUUGACACUUGCAAAAUCUGGAUUCAUUGAUCAAAUCGGUAAAGAAUGGUGUUUCGUGAGGGUCCAUGAUGCUCUUCAAGUUUGCCUCCAACACGUACCUAAUCCAAACGAUCCACCAAAAAUACUGGAUUCAUCUCCCUCCAGGUUUCUAGAAAAAUUAGGAACACAAAGAAAAGAGGAUUUAUCAGCAUCUGAACUCGAGUCAGGUCAGAGAGAUUCCAUAACAUCUAAAGAUUCCGACCCGCAUCUGGAACCGUUGUUGUCAAGGAAAUCUCAUUAAAGAUUCAUUUGCAUUGAAGUUUUACUAUAUUCUUGUGAUCCCAGAAAAUUCUUUCUAGGGUUAGUUUCUGUAAGUUAUUGUCAUGGGCGCGCAUGCGAGUUCCAUGCUGUGAAUGCUCACAGUUCUAGGGGUGAUUAUUGGUGUAUAUUCUAUUGAUUCUGGCGAUAUGUUUUUGUAAUUAAUUGAUAAGUUUAAUUAAAUAUUUUGAUUCUGUAUUGUCCAUGAUAA